UCGGCUGGCCCCCGCUCGCGUCGCGCGCCGUACGUACGCCCGUUACACGAGACGCGCUCACCUGACAGGUGUUCUGUGCUAAACAUUCAAAUUUCGAAUGACAUUCAAAUAUAAAAAUGAAAGAAUCACUCACGUUCGGUUUCUAAAUUUUCAAAAGUGCACAAAUGUACCGUUGUGGGAUUCCAUUUCUUUUCCGUUAGCGCGUGUGGCUGUUGUAUUGUGUACUGUGGGAUCCGAUGGAACGUUGAUGUAAAUGUUAUAAAGUUCACCACAGAUUGUAUUACACGUAAAUUCCAUAUUUUGGCUGUAUAGCACACCUACCUGAAACCAAAUUAUACAGACUGCUGCCCGUCGUGACCGAAUGAUGAACUGUGACGUAAUCGGGUGACGUGACAAAAUAGUGGUUGUGAACUCGGCUGACGAAACACAUGAGCGGUUGUGAACUGUUACGUGAUCGGGCGACGUGACACAUGUAUGGUUGUGAACUGUGACGUGCUCGGGUGACGUGACAUAGUGUAGUGUUUGUGAAUUAUGACGUGACACAACCGACAGCCAUGUACCGGCCGAAUUUCUACGAGAGCACAUGCUUUCGGUGUAAUGAGAUUGUGUACCAAGUGGACAGAGUUGGACCGUUGAAGGAUUUCACGUUCUUCCAUAGUGGUUGUUUUAAGUGCGCCGUGUGUGGGACCAAAUUAACUUUAAAGACAUAUUACAACAAUCAACACUGGACAGAGGACAAAGAGGUCUACUGCUCGAGCCAUGUGCCCAAAAUCGGACCUGGUCAUCUGGACAACUCCUCUGUUGGCAUCCGGAGUGCACUGAAUGUCCCCAAAAGCAACAAUUAUGUCAACGAACAGAUCAGGGGGCACGCGAGAAACAGUCACGAUAAUGAAUUAUCGCCGACUCGGACUACAAAUGGCGGUAGUGUACACGCGUCGCCCGCGCGGGAACUGUCGCGCGACACGCCCGACUACCAAUACGGGCGGUUCGACGCAAGCGCACUCCAUAUUGCGCAUGCGCUUAAACAAACAGAGCUGCAGAAGGCUUACCACCGACCUAGGGAGAAACCCAUUGACUGCUACUUGGAUCGUGAUGAACAAACGAAACUGGAGAUGAAACACCGACAGGAGGAAGACGAUUUGUAUAGGAAAUUCUCCAAGCAUCGCGAAGAGGAAAACAGAAGAAUACGAGAAGAAAUUCAGGAUGAGUGGGAGCGCGAAUUGGAGAGGCUAACUAACCGGUUUCAACAAGAGAUGCAAGUUAAAAAGAGAAGACCAGACGCUGAGAUCGGCGCACUAACCCUCCGGCACCAGCAAGAGAGAGCCGAUCUAGAGAAGAACAUGACACUAAGAAGAGACAAGAAGAAAGAAAGUCUCACAAGGAAGAUGUUGGAGCAUGAAAGGGCAGCAACAGCCGCACUAGUCGAAAAGCAAAGUCAUGAGAUGAUGGAACUUAUACAAGAGAGACGAUCAGAGUACAUGGCGGCCUCAUCAUUAUACUUGGACGGAGAGGAAGCGCCCCCAUACCCCGCCAGGGCCCCAGCACCAUUGCCACCACUAGUCUCCAAGUUCCACAUCUACACUGAUCCUGCGGAGUUUGCUGAUGUUGACAAGAUAGCUAUUUCGGUGGCACAAGAAGACCAAAAAACCUUCACAGAUCUAGUCCGGCAACUUGUAGGCAGAUGUGCUACAGAUGUGGAAAAGGCUAGAACCAUAUUCCGUUGGAUCACAGUCAAAAACCUCAAUAACAUACAGUUCGAUGACAACCUGAGAGGCGACUCGCCCCUCGGUUUACUAAGAGGCAUCAAACACGGCACUGAGAGUUACCAUGUACUGUUUAAGAGAUUGUGCAGUUACGCAGGCCUUCACUGCGUGGUCAUCAAAGGGUACAGCAAGUCGGCCGGUUAUCAGCCAGGGGUUCGCUUUGAGGACAACCGUUUCCGCAACUCGUGGAACGCGGUGUACGUGGCUGGCGCCUGGCGAUUCGUGCAGUGCAACUGGGGCGCCAGGCACUUGGUCAACGCUAAAGACGCACCCAAACCCGGCAACAGGGGCAAGAGUGAUAGUUUGAGAUACGAGUAUGACGACCAUUACUUCCUGACGGACCCUCGCGAGUUCAUCUACGAAUUCUUCCCCCUGCAGCCGGACUGGCAGCUACUGAAGACGCCCAUCACGCUGCAUGACUUCGAAGAGUUGCCCUUCGUACGCUCACUGUUCUUCAGAUACGGACUGUAUUUCAGUGAUCCGAACACGAAGGCUGUUAUGUAUACAGACUCAACUGGUGCGGCGACUAUGCGCAUAGCCAUGCCGGCACAUAUGCAGAGCUCCCUGAUCUUCCAUUACAACCUCAAGUUCUACGACACAGAGGGCGAUGGCUUCGAUGGAGUCAGCCUUAAAAGAUUUGUCAUGCAGUCAGUGGUAGGCAACGUGGUAUCGUUCCGGGUUCACGCGCCUUGCAGCGGAGCCUUCUUGCUGGAUAUCUUCGCGAAUGCUGUCACGCCGCGAGAAUACCUCACCGGGGAGCCCAUGAAAUUCAAGAGCGUCUGCAAGUUUAAGAUUUGCUGUGCGGAGCUGCAGACAGUUAUGGUUCCCCUGCCAGACUGUGCAAGCGGCGAGUGGGGACCCACUAAGGCCACCAGACUCUUUGGUCUCGUGCCUAUAACGCACCAGGAGGCGUUAGUGUUCGCUGGUCGAGAACUAGAGAUACAGUUCCGUAUGUCGCGACCCUUGGCCGACUUCAUGGCGACUCUCCAUAAGAACGGCGUUGACGAGAAGAGACUCUCAAAGUACGUGCAGCAGAACGUGUCUGAUGACAUCGUGUCCUUCUACAUCACUUUCCCAGAAGAAGGUCAAUACGGACUGGAUAUAUACACACGCGAGCGCGGAGGGCCCACAGCUAUCCACCAAAACGGCUCCACCGAGAAAGAGAAGCACCUUCUCACGCACUGCUGCAAAUACCUCAUCAAUAGUAGCAAAAGGAAUUGAUAAUUUAGUGUCGACAUUAAAAAGUCGAACGCCGUCAAAUUAAACAAAGCAAUACUUAGUAAUUGGCAACUCCCGUCUUAGUAAAUGACAAUGUCCUCCAUGGUUAUUGGCAACUUCCAUAGUAAUCGCCAACACCCACCUUUUUAAUUACCAGCACCCAAUCUAGUAAUUGAUAACGCCUUCCAUGGAGGUCGACAAUGCUCUACUUAGUAAUUGGCGACAAUGCAUUGUAUUUGGCGACAUCGUCAAUACGUUAAAUACGUUGCUAAUGUGUACAACAGCGAAAAUGUCACGAGUUAUUGAAAAUCUAAUUUAACUAAUCCGAAAUUAAUAUUCUGUUAAUUGUACUCAUAUCAUCAAGUAUCAAGAACAAGACAUUGAAAUAAUAUUAAAUUGCAAAAUACAGUCUUCCUUUUAAAUAUCGUACGUCCAUUUCAUUUAAACCCAUAUAAUCUCCUAGAAUUUGUUUUGGUAUAAUAUUGUAUACCUACAAUUACUAGAAAACUUAGAAGUAUUCUAAAAUUAAAUUUUCGCACGCAAACGGAAGAUUUGUUGAAGAGUGGCCAGCAAGCAACAAUGAAAUGUUUUAUAAAUGAACGUGUAUUAUGUUUAUUCAAUUAUAGUUAUUUCAGUUAUAGCAUACAUUUGUAACAAUUGCUUGUAUUCUUAUUGUAACGUUAAAUAUUUUUAGAGACGUUUUAAUGUAUUUUUAAAGAAAUAUACCCAAAUGUAGAUAAUUGUUAGUUAUAGGUUAAAUAAAUGAAACUCCGUCCAAUUAUUAUAUAAACAUUUAUUGUAGAUUUUACACUAAUAUUUUAGACAAAUCUAUGUCAUUUGUAAAUUAUAUAUUUAAAUCGGAUAUUAAGAGAUAGAUUUCAUAAAAUUUAUACAUGAAUAUGAUAAGUACAGGUUGUGCUGAAGCAAUCCAAUUGCUUUGUUAUAUUUUUAUUGCAUUGUAUAAACAAUAAAUUAUAUAAGGUUAUUGAGAUUCUAGUGGCAGUUUACAUAAUAUUAUAAUUAUUAAGUCAGGACCCUAUGCGAGUAUUAAUAUGACGCGUUGUAAUACAAGUAACAUACAAGCGCUGCUUACAAUUUAAUGUUUUCAUAUGUCACUUUUAGAUAGCAAUAUUUCUGCGUAAAACAGUCUAAAUUGCUUAUGCAUAGUUCUGAAUGCAGAUAAUUUUAUAGCUUAGUUUUUUUUUUUAUCUAGAAAAAUGGGUCCAGGACUGUCACACACAGUGUUCAUAGAAUUUAAAAAAUUAAGUUGACACAUUUGAGGACGUAAAUCGAAAUAGAUUGCUAUAUUUUAUUACAUCUUUUUUUUUUUGUUACACGCCCAAUAAAAUACAGCAAUUUAUUACUUAGCGUAGCGAGCAUUAAGUAUGCUUAAUGUCUAAUUUAUAAUGUAUUUUUUUAUAUUUAAUAAACACGGCAAUAUAUGUAAAUUUUAUAAAAAUAUAUGGCAUGUUAUUUUUCUAAA